ACAUCUUCCUCAGAAUUGUGAAUCUAGUCGAUAAAAAUGAUUUUAGAGACAAUAUUUGUGAUGUUGGUGAUGUGGCUCAUUGUUAAGUACAUUUUGCGGAUGCUGCAUACCGAAAGUUAUGUGAAACAUUUGAAAUUUGGUGGCACAUUUAUUCCGUUCUUGGGGAAUGUUCUGAGUCUAGUAGGAAAAUCAAAAACUGAAAUAUAUAAAGAGUUUGUUCGAUCUAUAAAAGAAACAGGGACGCCGUGUAAAAGGUACAUCGGUUCUAACUUAUGCAUUUUCAUCGACAAACCAGAAGAUGUGAAAGCAGUCUUGACGCAAUGUCUGGAUAAACCAUUUGUUUAUGGGUUUAUGCCGUGUAAAUUGGGACUCAUUUUUGAGACAUCGAGCGCCAUUUGGAAACCAUCACGUAAACUCCUCAAUCCAAUAUUUAGUUUGAAGAAUUUGCAGUCGUCUAUACACAUUUUCAAUGAAAAGACGAAGAUGCUCGUAGAAGAAGUGGGAAAAGAAGUUGGAAAAGACGCAUUUGAUAUAUUGCCGUACGCACAUGCUUGUGCUUUGCGUGGAAUUUGGUCCGCUAUAAUGGGAGUCGACAUUGAUUUUAAUCCUGGCCAAACAAAGGAAUUCGUUGGAAGCAUAAAAGGUAUUUCCGAUUCAAUAUUCAAGCGGUGUACAAGACCGUGGACUUAUAUCGAUUUUAUUCAUCGAUGGACAAGUCUAUACAAAGAAGAGCAAAAUCACUAUGCUAAAGUGCGAAACUUAACGAAUCAGGUUUUUGAAGAGCAAACUAAAGCAUAUUUGGGUAGUAAUAUGGAUAAUGAUAAUGUUGGCUUUGAGCAUCAUAACAUUAACAGAAACGUGCCAAUUAUGUCGUUGUUUUCUGAAGGGAAAUUCAGUGAAGAGCUGGUCAAAGAUCAGAUAGAAGCUUUAAUAAUAGCUGGAUAUAAUGGAACCUCCUACAAAUUAUCGUACAUUAUUUUGACGUUGGCCAUCCAUCCAAACAUUCAGGAGCAAGUUUUCAAUGAACUGCAUUCGGUUUUCGAUACACAAGACGAAGAAACAACUUCUGAACACAUCCAGAAAAUGCCACUUUUAGAUCGUGUGAUCAAGGAAGCUAUGCGUCUAUGUCCAAGCGCACCAUUCAUUGAACGCGUUUCUAUGGCUGACGUUCAGAUUAGCAAUUGCCUCAUUCCAAAAGAUACAUUUUUCAUUUUGAUGUUUUACACAUUACAUCGGAGAAGCGACAUAUGGGGCGAUGACGCUGAUGAAUUCAAUCCAGAUCAUUUUCUGCCAGGAAACGUUCAAUCCCAUCACCCAUUUGCCUUUCUUCCCUUCGGUGGUGGCUCGCGAAACUGCAUUGGUAAUCAUUAUGCAAUGCUCUCAAUGAAAGUGAUGUUGGCGGCUCUCCUGCGCAAUUAUAAAUUCAGCACACAUUUGAAAUGGUCGGAGCUUGAAUAUAAGUUUGAAAUCACAUUAAAUUUAUUGAAUGAACAUCUUGUAAAAGUAGAACGACAAAUGAUUUUAGAGACAAUAUUUGUGAUGUUGGUGAUGUGGCUCAUUGUUAAGUACAUUUUGCGGAUGCUGCAUACCGAAAGUUAUGUGAAACAUUUGAAAUUUGGUGGCACAUUUAUUCCGUUCUUGGGGAAUGUCCUGAGUCUAGUGGGGAAAUCGCAAACUGAAAUAUAUAAAAAUUUGGUUCAGACUAUAAACAAAACCGGUACACCGUUUAAAGGGUACAUCGGUUCUAACUUAUGCAUUUUCAUCGACAAACCAGAAGAUAUGAAAGCAGUUUUAACACAAUGUCUUGAUAAACCAUUUGUUUAUGGGUUUCUGCCGUGCAAAUUGGGACUUGUUUUUGAGACAUCGAGCGCCAUUUGGAAACCAUCACGUAAACUCCUCAAUCCGAUAUUUAAUUUGAAGAAUUUGCAGUCGUCCAUACACAUUUUCAAUGAAAAGACGAAGAUGCUCGUAGAAGAAGUGAGAAAAGAAGUUGGAAAAGACGCAUUUGAUAUACGGCCAUACGCACACGCUUGUGCCUUGCGUGGAAUUUGGUCCGCUAUAAUGGGAGUCGAUGUUGAUUUUAAUCCUGACCAAACAAAGGAAUUCGGUGGAAGCAUAACCGGUAUUUCCGAUUCAAUAUUUAAGCGAUGUUCCCGACCUUGGACUUAUAUCGAUUUCAUUUAUCGAUGGACAAAUGUAUAUAAAGAAGAGAAAAAUCAUUAUGCCAAAGUACGAAACCUAACGAAUCAGGUUUUUGAAGAGCAAACCAAAGCAUAUUUGAGUAAUAUCGAUAAUGAUAAUGUUGGCUUUGAGCAUUGUAACAAGAAUAGAAACGUGCCAAUUCUGUCGUUGUUUUAUGAAGGGAAAUUCAGUGAAGAGCUGGUCAAAGAUCAGAUAGAAAAUUUAACAAUAGCUGGAUAUGAUUCAACCUCCUCCACAUUGUCGUACAUUAUUUUGACGCUAGCCAUCCAUCCAAACAUUCAGGAGCAAGUUUUCAAUGAACUGCAUUCGGUUUUCGAUAUACAAGACGAAGAAACAACUUCUGAACACAUCCAGAAAAUGCCACUUUUAGAUCGUGUGAUCAAGGAAGCUAUGCGUCUAUGUCCAAGCGCACCAUUCAUUGAACGCGUUUCUAUGGCUGACGUUCAGAUUAGCAAUUGCCUCAUUCCAAAAGAUACAUUUUUCAUUUUGAUGUUCUACACAUUACAUCGGAGAAGAGACAUAUGGGGCGAUGACGCUGAUGAAUUCAAUCCAGAUCAUUUUCUGCCAGAAAACGUUCAAUCCCAUCACCCAUUUGCCUUUCUUCCCUUCGGUGGUGGCUCGCGAAACUGCAUUGGUAAUCAUUAUGCAAUGCUCUCAAUGAAAGUGAUGUUGGCGGCUCUCCUGCGCAAUUAUAAAUUCAGCACACAUUUGAAAUGGUCGGAGCUUGAAUAUAAGUUUGAUAUCACACUAAAAUUGGUGAAUGAGUAUCUUGUAAAAGUAGAACGACGUAACUGGUAGCUGCAAUUUGAUGAAUAUUCAAAACUUGGCAAAUGUGCCGAUUUGAUAUUGGGAAGAUGGAUUUUAGUUGUACUUUUUAUGUAAGAAUAAUAAUGAAAAUUAUGUAUUGUUAUUG